AAAACCCCGGGGCGAGGCGGCCGGGGCGUCUGAGCCGCUCGGCCCGCCGCGUCUCCCCGCCGUCCCGCGCGGUCACCGGGCGACUGCGCCGCGCGGCCGCCUCGCCGAGCGCCGGCCUCGGGCCCGCCCGGCCCGCCGCGUCGUCCGCGUCCCGGGAGGCCCCCCCCCCCCGCGUCCGCGCCGGCCGGGUGAGAGGCGGCGCCCGGCGCGAGGCCGCCCGCGAUGCUGCUCUCCAAGUUCGGCUCCCUGGCGCACCUCUGCGGGCCGGGCGGCGUGGACCACCUUCCGGUGAAGAUCCUGCAGCCGGCCAAGGCGGACAGGGAGAGCUUCGAGAAGCUGUACCAGGUGGGCGCCGUCCUGGGCAGCGGCGGCUUCGGCACGGUCUACGCGGGCAGCCGCCUCGCCGACGGGCUCCCGGUGGCGGUGAAGCACGUGGUCAAGGAGCGGGUGACGGAGUGGGGCAGCCUGGGCGGCGCGGCCGUGCCCCUGGAGGUGGUGCUCCUGCGCAAGGUGGGCGCGGCGGGCGGCGCGCGCGGCGUCAUCCGCCUGCUGGACUGGUUCGAGCGGCCCGACGGCUUCCUGCUGGUGCUGGAGCGGCCGGAGCCCGCGCAGGACCUCUUCGACUUCAUCACGGAGCGCGGCGCCCUGGACGAGCCCCUGGCGCGCCGCUUCUUCGCGCAGGUGCUGGCGGCCGUGCGCCACUGCCACGGCUGCGGGGUGGUGCACCGCGACAUCAAGGACGAGAACCUGCUGGUGGACCUGCGCUCAGGCGAGCUCAAGCUCAUCGACUUCGGCUCGGGCGCGCUGCUCAAGGACACGGUCUACACCGACUUCGACGGCACCCGAGUGUACAGCCCCCCGGAGUGGAUCCGCUACCACCGGUACCACGGGCGCUCGGCCACGGUGUGGUCCCUGGGAGUGCUGCUGUACGACAUGGUCUGCGGGGACGUCCCCUUCGAGCAGGACGAGGAGAUCCUGCGAGGCCGCCUGCUCUUCCGGAGGAGGCUCUCCCCAGAGUGCCAGCAGCUCAUCGAGUGGUGUCUCUCCCUGCGGCCCUCGGCGAGGCCCUCCCUGGACCAGAUCGCUGCCCACCCCUGGAUGCUGGGGGCAGAAGGAAGUGUCUCUCAGAGCUGCGACCUCCGGCUCCGCGCCCUGGACGCGGACGAUGGGGAGAGCACCACAUCCAGCAGCGAGAGCUUGUGAGAGGGGCCUGACUCCCCCUGGCGUGGGAUGCCUCCUUGAAAAGCAGUGAUCUUUGACCCAUGGUGACCUUUGCCCUCGGCACCGGGCCCGUUUCCUUAGCUUUGAGUGCCUUUUUGAACGCUGCUCCGUGGGACCGGGUUUCCUUGAGCUCCUCUGUCCAAAGACAGCCCCGGCCCGGCUCCGGGGGAAGUGA